UGGCUCUCAUGUCAUUAGUGCUGUUACUGUGGCGCGAAGCAGCACCCAUCGAAGUCCCACAAGACCCAAAGAUACUGCAGGAACUGAAGCAGCCCCCCACCAUAGUCAAACAGUCAGUGAAGGACUACAUAGUGGACCCCAGAGAUAACAUCAUCAUCGAGUGUGAGGCCAAGGGCAACCCAGUGCCAAUGUUCUCAUGGCGGAGGAACGGGAAGUUUUUCAACAUUGGGAAAGAUCCCAGAGUGACAAUGCGAAAACGCUCUGGAACUCUGGAGAUCGGUUUCCGUAGCGGAGGACGACCAGAGGACUAUGAGGGGGAGUACCAGUGUUUUGCCACCAAUGACUUCGGAGUGGCUCUGUCCAACAAAAUCCUGCUCCAGGUCUCCAAGGCUCCUCUGUGGCCUAAAGAGGUGCUGGAGCCAGUAGUGGUGACUGAAGGCUCCCAGCUGAUUCUAGUCUGCAACCCCCCACCGGGCCUGCCUCCUCCGUUCACCUUCUGGAUGAACAGCGCUAUGACUUCGAUCCCGCAGGAUAAGAGGGUGUCCAUGGGUCUGAACGGAGACCUGUACUUCUCCAAUGUCUUGACCAAAGACGCUCACACUGACUACAGUUGCAACGCUCGCUUCCUCUUCACACAAACCAUCCAGCAGAAGAACCCCUUCACACUCAAAGUCCUGACGAGCCGUAAAGUAGCCGAGUCCACGCCAACCUUCCUCUCACCCUCGGGGACCGAGAGCUCCAAGAUGGUGCUACGGGACGAGCAACUGCUGCUGGAGUGUAUCGCUGCUGGACUUCCCACGCCCACCAUCAAGUGGUUUAAGAAGGGUGGGGACCUGCCAGGGAGAAAGGUGAAGUUUGACAACUACAACAAGACCCUGAAGAUCAUCAACGUGUCAGAGGAGGAUGCUGGGGAGUAUGUAUGCAUGGCCAACAACCAUCUAGGCAGCAUACGCCACUCCAUCUUUGUCCAGGUCAAAGCGGCUCCUUAUUGGCUGGACAAACCCACCAACCUGGUGCUCGCUCCGGAGGAGGGCGGCCGGCUGGUGUGUCGAGCCAACGGAAACCCCAAACCCAACAUCCAGUGGCUGACCAACGGACAGCCUACAGAGAACGCCCCCCACAGCCCCAGUAGACACGUGCUCGGUGACACCAUCAUCUUCCGCUCAGUGCAGAUGGGAAACAGCGCUGUCUACCAAUGCAACGCCUCCAACCAGCACGGCUACCUGCUGGCCAACGCCUUCGUCAGCGUCCUCGACAUGCCUCCGAGGAUGCUGGGCCCUAAAAACCAGCUGAUCAAAGUCAUCGAGAACAAUCGCACCUACCUUGACUGUCCCUUCUUCGGGUCUCCUCUGCCCGAACUACGCUGGUUUAAGAACGGACAGGGCAGUGGGCUGGACGGAGGUCACUACCGCGUUUACAUCAACGGCACCCUGGAGAUCAAACGGGCCCGAGCAGAGGACGAGGGCACCUACACCUGUGUGGCCACCAGCAUGCUGGGCACGGCCGAGAACCAGGUCCGCCUGGAGGUCAAAGAGCCAACCCGUAUCGUUCGAGCCCCGGAGCGCCGGUCGGCCAUCAGGGGCUCCACGGCUCACUUCGACUGUAAGGUGAAGUCCGAUCCCAGCCUGCCCAUCACCGUGGCCUGGACCAAGGACGACAAGCCUCUCUACCUGGGCUGGAGGCUGAGGAAAGACGAGGAGUCGCUGACCAUCCCCAAUGUGAACGAGGGUGAUGAGGGAACCUACACCUGCACCGUUAAAUCUGAGAUAGACCAGGACUCAGCCUCAGCCCGCCUCACCGUGUUAGACCGUCCAGACCCCCCCUUGGAUCUGGAUUUGUCAGACCCCGCAGCCCGCAGCGUUCGCCUCACCUGGAUCCCUAGAAACUACCACCAGAGCCCAGUCACAGAAUACCUGGUCCAGUUUGAGGAGGACCGCUGGGAGCCGGGUAGGUGGCAGGACCUGUCCAUAUACCCUGGAGAACUGAACUCUGUCAUCCUGCAGCUUGCCCCCUUCGUCAACUACCAGUUCAGGGUCAUCGCCAUCAACGCAGUGGGCCGGAGUCAGCCCAGCCAGCCCUCGCCACGGUACAAGACCAGCGGAGCUGCCCCAGAUGCCAUCCCCAAAGGUCUACGAGGAUGGGGAUCCAAGAAGGACAAUAUGGAGAUCACCUGGGAGCCUCUGCUUGAUCUGGAGAGGAACGGACCGAACCUGCACUACAGUGUGUGGUGGAGACGGAAGGAUUUUGGAGAGGGGUGGAGUAACGUGACCACGGUGGUUUCCAAACAUGUGGUCCUCAACACAGAGACCUACGUGCCUUACGAGAUCAAAAUCCAGGCCAGGAAUGAAUUUGGACAAGGACCUGAGUCUAAUGUGGUCGUUGGAUACUCUGGAGAGGACACGCCCACCGACGCUCCCACUGACCUGCGGGUGUCAAAGGUUGACAGCACCGAGGCCAACUUGCACUGGAAGCCCGUGGACCUGAGCUCUGUGCAGGGAGAGUUCAAGGAGUACAGACUGUACUACUGGCGUGAGUCGAGUCUGGUUCCGGGUCUGGUGGUCAGUAAGGAGAAGAAGACCAAAGGUUUCUACAGCAUCAUGGCCGAGCCGUCUGGCAUCCUCAGUGACCUGGUGCCCUACUCACAAUACAAGAUGUUCCUGGUUGUGGCCAACAACCUCUUUGAGGGUCCACCCAGCAACACGGUGGAGGUCACCACCAAGGAGGGAGUGCCCGAUACCCCGAAGUUUUUCAGGAUUAACCGCAGAACUUUUGACACCAUCCACCUUGAAUGGGACAAACCCCUGGAGCCCAACGGCAUUCUAAUUGGAUACCAGCUCAAGUACCAAACAGUCAAUGGCUCCAGAGUGGCUCGUACCCAGUUGGAGACUCUCCCUCCUAACGUGACACAGUUCACCCUCCGCCUGCCGGACCGAUCCACCCGAUACAAGUUCUACCUGUCAGCGCUCACCCAGGUGGGAGCAGGGGAGUUCUUUGUUGAGGAGUCCCCGCACUUCGCCAAUGAAGGUGAGUCUUUAUACGACACUGAUGUAGUGGGAUUGGGCUUCGUCGACUCUCUCCUGUUUGAGCUUACGGACGCCUCCGUGGCUUCAGCUUUCUCUCCUACUCCUCCUCCUCUCGCUCCUCUUCCUCCUACUACCAUCGCUCCUACAACCAUUAGUACCUCAACUUCUACCACUCCGACAACUCCGACUCCGACUACUACUACUACUACUACUACUACUACUACUACUUCUUCUACCACCACCACCACUACAACCGAGGCGACCACUACCACCACAACUCCUGAGCUGGUCACCUUCAAGCGUACCGAUCAGAAUGUGUUGGUGGCCCAAGGGUGGGAGAUCUGGAAUCUGACGGUGGAGACUAACAGUAACUACGCUAACGUCAGCUGGAAACACAACUUCCCGGCCGGCAGCAGCGAGUUUGUGCUAGAGUUCACACUGGACAGCAACAAGUCGGUGAAAACUGUUCUGGUGAAACAGCAGCCCCCUAUUACGGUGGCGGAUCUGAUCGCAGGCGCCAAGUACCACCUGAGGGUUGUCUCCCAUGAGCUCAACAGCGUCAGCAGCACAUCUCUCAUCUUUAAGACCAAACCAGCCUACAUAGACCAGGUAGACAUAGCCACUCAAGGCUGGUUCAUUGGCCUGAUGUGUGCCAUUGCCCUCAUCAUACUGAUUCUCCUCAUCGUCUGCUUCAUCAAGAGGAGUCGUGGGGGCAAAUACCCAGUCCGUGACAAAAAAGAUCUCCCCUUGGACCCAGUAGAUCAGAAAGAGGACGGAUCCUUUGAUUACCAGAACGAAAACGAGAACAGCCAGAGAGAACACAGCGACGAGGACAACAAGCCUCUGCAGGGCAGCCAGACGUCGCUGGACGGCAAUGUGAAGGAAAGCGAUGACAGUCUGGUGGACUACGGCGAAGGCGGCGACGGCCAGUUCAACGAGGACGGCUCUUUCAUCGGCCAGUACACGGUGAAGAAGGACAAAGACGAGACGGAGGGCAACGAGAGCUCUGAGGCCACCUCGCCCGUCAACGCCAUCUACUCGCUGGCGUAGCGCCGUAGCGACCGCGGCCCCCCUCUGACCUGAGGGACUUACGACAAACCACAGCACCACACACCAGACACAAACACACACACAUGAAUAUAUUACUAUAUGAAACACAAGGAACGCAGUGGGGCCUGUCUGGAGACUGGGUAGGCAUCCCUCUGCAGAUAAAGUCACAGGGGAACAUGCAUGUGGAAUUAAACCACAAGCCUUUAUUUUAGUUUCCAGCUCAAAUAAAUUGGCCCAUUGGAGGUGGCGUUUGGACAAAGAUGACAUUGCUCGUCUUCCUGGGCUCUCUGCCUGCCCUUACACAAACUUGUAGUGUGCCUUCGGGGCAGCUUUCAGCACUUGGAGGCUUCAACAAGCGUUCUCUGGAGAUUUGUUUUUGGUUUGUUUCUGCUCCAGACAUUUCCAGUGUCCCUGCUCUCCUUCUUGAUGCUCCUCUCAUACCUCUGUGUAGCAUCGCAGUAAAGUACACACAAGAGGUCCCUUACACACACACACACACACACACACACACACACACACACACACACACACACUGGCCCGUCCUGUAACAUAUCAGCUUC